AAAUAUUUUAAUAUUUAAAUGUCAUUUUGUUUUGGAUGCAAGUAAAAAAUAAAUAAAUAUUCCCAAACAUAUUUUUAAGAUUUUUUGAAAAGUAAUCAAAAUAUGGAAAUGACAGAAAAAGUGAAAAUAAUUCGAAGAAAUCGACCAGGAAUAAAAUCAAAGCACUUUUUCAAAUGGGAAGAAGAACCUUUCGAAGAAAUGGAUUCUACAUUAGCAAUACAACAAUACAUUCAACAAAUUAUACGAAAAGAUCCUUUAAACAUAGAUUGUAUAUUGUCAAUGCCUGAAAACCAGGAUGAAGGGGUUUGGAAGUAUGAACAUUUACGGCAGUUUUGUAUGGAACUUGAUGGACUGGCCGUACGCUUGCAGUCUCAAUGUUUCCCUAAUACAUGCAAUCAAAUGACUGCCACAGAGCAAUGGAUAUUUCUUUGUGCAGCUCACAAAACACCGAAAGAAUGUCCAGCUAUUGAUUACACACGUCAUACAUUAGAUGGAGCUGCAUGUUUGCUGAAUAGUAACAAAUAUUUUCCUAGCAGAGUGUCAAUCAAAGAAUCUUCUGUUUUGAAGUUGGGAUCUGUAUGCCGAAGAGUUUAUCGGAUUUUUUCUCAUGCAUAUUUUCACCACCGUCGGGUUUUCAAUGAAUUCGAAUCAGAAACUGCUUUGUGUUUAAGGUUCACGCUAUUUGUAACAAAAUACAACUUAAUGAGUAAAGAGAACCUAAUUGUUCCACUUCCAGAUAACGAGUCCAUUUCAAAUGAAUCUGAAGCAUAAAACAAAAAAUGUUGUUUUACAAAAGUAAAGCACAUAAACACUUAUGGUGCAAACAAAACAAAAUAUUUUAAAUUUUGAAAAGGGAUAAUUAUUUAUAUUUGAUUUUCUGAAUUAUUAUAUUAUCAUUAAAAUAAA